UAUAGUAUGUGUGAUAUAAGUCACAAUGAUCUAUUCUCUCAUGCACGAUAGACAUCUGAUCGGUAGAAUCAUCGGUAACGGGUCGAGGCCGAGCAACGGCCAGACACUCCUCGUGCAAUGAUCGACGUGUCAUCGACCAAUUAACAAAUACCUAAUCGGAUCAUUGGCGUGUCAUCGAUUCGGUGGAUCAUUCAUCAGCAAUGGCCACAGGUGGUAGUAGUUUUAUCAGUAAACCAGCCAGAGGAUGGUUGCAUCCAGAUCAUUUAGUGAGUAAAGACGGAAUUAGUUAUACAGUGAAGUAUAUCGGAUGUCUCGAAGUAUAUACAUCCAUGAAAAGCUUAGAUUUUGAAACGCGUUCGUGUGUAGCUAAAGAAUGCAUAAACAGAGUUUGCGAAGCUGCUGGGUUAAAGUCUGCUGACAAAAAGAGAAGGGUUGACAGGAAGGUGUUGAGAGCCAUAGCAGAUAAACCUCGCAUGGAGCAUAGCGCUGCAAGUGUUACUUUAACCAUUAGCAGUUGCAGUUUAUCCUUGACUAAUAUUGAAAAUGGACACAUUAUUGCAAAACAUGAUAUGCCACGCAUAUCUUUUGCUUCAGGUGGUGAUACGGAAAUACUGGACUUUGUUGCAUAUGUUGCCAAAAAUAUGCAAGAAUGGCGUGCUUGUUAUGUACUUGAAUGUACAGGUGGUUUAGCACAAGAUGUUAUAUCCACUAUUGGACAAGCAUUCGAGCUUAGGUUUAAAGAGUUUCUUACAAAACCAAGUUCUCUGCACCCUGUGUUAAAUGGUGUCAGGGAAAUGGACAGGGAUUAUUACAAUGAUCUGCCAGGAAAAGUACCACCAGAUAUUGGCCCACCACCAGUACCUCCUUUGCCUACUACAGCAUCCACACUGCCUAAUCUGAAGCAUCAUCAAAAUGCAUCGCGCACUCAUGCACAAAAUAUUGCAGUUGAUUCAUUCCCAUCUGCUGCAGAUAGACAUCAGCAGUUGGCAGAAACUGGGAACUUAAUCGAUUUAAACUCAGAUAGCACUAUAUCCCCAUCAACGAAUUUAAAUAUAAUAUCUGAGCACAAUUAUGUGAAUGAUAGUAUCAUAGCUGCAAACAGAGACAAUCAUCGUGAUCCAGCAUCACUUUUUGAUGUUUUUGAUAUGCAGCCGUUCAGUUCUGCAAUAUCAGAUAUGAACAGACUAAGUCCUCGAUCACAAAAACAGCAAUUGAAACAAGAAAUUUGGUUUCAUGGAAGCGUUAGCCGAUCUGAAGCAGAAUCCAUGCUUACUAGAGAUGGCGAUUUUUUGGUUCGAGAAUCACAAGGUUCUCCUGGCCAAUAUGUUUUAACUGGGAUGAAUAAUAAUACCCCAAAACAUUUGUUGUUAAUUGAUCCUGAAGGUGUCGUUCGCACAAAAGAUCGUGUAUUUGAUAGUGUAAGUCAUUUAGUGAACCAUCACUGUGACAACGUGUUACCUAUCAUAUCGGCUGACAGUGUUCUGGUGCUGCGUUACCCCAUUCCCAGGCAUACAAAUUAUUAAAUUUUAAAUGUUAAAUAAUGACUAAGGGCAUAAACUUGGUAAAGAUUUUCCGAAUAAUUAUUUUGCAUAUCUUUGCACUGAGAAUCUUUAGCAAGUUUUAGCUUUUUGUGAUAUUUUUAAGAUCAGUCACUUUAUAAAAAAGAUCUAUACAUAUAUAUGGUUUGUAGUAUCUUUUUAUUGUACAUGAAUAGAUGAUUUAUGAAUAAU